CGUUUAUAUUUUUAUUUUGCUCAUAGACCAUAGAUUUUAUUUAUCAUUAAUUUAGUUUAGACGGUAUAUUGUGUACAUAAUAUAAAAUAUCUGUUUUUCUACUACGACUCUUAAAUAACUUGGUUAGUAAGUAGUAACGUCGCCGUCUUCACUUUUCGUCAACACAGACGCUUAGUGAUAAUCGAAUUGCGGCCGAAUUGUUACGACAUCAAAUACAAUUUACCAAUGAACGACACAAAGUUGUGACACUGAUUUACUGUACAUUAAACUAUCGUUAAAGAUAAUUUCAUCAAAAAAUGUUUCUUUGGGAUUGGGUUACCGGCGUCCUUGGAUACUUAGGGUUGUGGAAAAAAUCAGGAAAAUUACUUUUCCUUGGUUUAGAUAAUGCUGGAAAAACUACUCUAUUACAUAUGUUGAAAGAUGAUCGUUUGGCACAACACACUCCAACAUUGCAUCCAACAUCUGAAGAAUUAUCUGUUGGAAACAUCAAAUUCACAACAUUUGAUUUGGGUGGCCAUUCUCAAGCAAGAAAAGUAUGGAAAGAUUAUUUCCCUGCUGUAGAUGCAAUUGUAUUUUUGGUAGACGCUUGUGACAAAUCUAGAAUUAUGGAAAGUAAAAAUGAAUUAGAUUCAUUAUUGCUUGAUGAAUCCUUAUCUAACUGCCCCGUACUCGUUCUUGGUAACAAAAUUGAUAGACAAGGUGCAUUGAAUGAAACAGAAUUAAGAACUUAUUUUGCAUUGAACCAAACAACUGGAAAAGCUAGAGUACCCAGAUCAGAUCUUCCAGGUCGUCCUUUAGAAGUAUUCAUGUGUUCUGUAUUGAAACGUCAUGGUUAUGGAGAAGGGUUCAGAUGGCUGGCACAAUAUAUUGAUUAAUGUUGAUAAUAUAUAUAUUAAAAAAAUAUAUAUUUUAAUUUUUAAA